AUGGCCGGCUUCGCCUUGGCCGAGUUGACGCGAGAAAUUCCUCAAGGCACACAUCCCGCUCUGGAGUGCGCCUACUUGGGAUUCACGGCCAUCUGCCUUAGCUUGGACCUGUGCAUUGUGACCUGGACCGUGCUGGUCUGCACCUGGGGCCCAGGAAAUGCCCUACGCGGGCCCGACGGAAUGAAGUCAUUCCACGAUACCAUAGCUCUCCUCAAAGAAGAACAAAUGCCCAUCUACUAUGCUUUUGUCGUCAGCAUUGUGGCAUACUUCGGAUCAUCGUGCUGCCUCUUGUGGGUCUACCCCUCCGACUUUGUGCCCAAUGCUGUGGGUACAUGUGUUCUGAUACUGUCAUUCACGGUGAUUGUCUACAUGCAGUACACCUUGGAGCAUCAAGUUGGUGUUCUUGGAAACUCGCAUGACGACGACGGUCGCAUCAAGACCUUCACAGCUCUUGAUGAUGUCGCAGACCUGGACAUGUGCCUGUCGGACGUGCCAAGUACUACCUGA